CCCCGGAUUGCUGCCCUCCCAGGCCCGCUGGGCGGGGCCCACGCCUCUGCCCCCCGCCCGGAUGGGGCUCCCGGCCCGGACUGGGGGCUCCCGGAGUUGAUGUCUGGCUGGGGGCCUGCGGAGACCUGGCCCGAGGUGCUGGCGGGCAUCGAGGAUGAAGCCAUGGCACGUGCUGGCCGCCUCUCUGCUGCUGCUCCAGGCGGCGUCUGCGCUGCCGCUGCCCGCGGGUAGGAGGCCCCAAGACCGCCCCGCAGACGACCCGGCGCCCGGCGCACACACAACCAUGCCGGAGGAGUCCCCCGACCAGCUCGAUGAUGUCAUGGCCUUGAUCCAGGCCACGAUCAAGAGACUGAAAAGGUCGCCAGAGAAACAGACGGCCCUGCUGCCCAGACGGGAGCGGACUCGGCCGGCCGCCGAGAGCCCCAGGGGCAAGGGGCGGCGCGGCCAGAGGGGCAAGGCUCGCGGGUGCGUGCUGACCGCCGUCCACCUCAACGUCACGGACCUGGGCCUGGGCUACGAAACCAAGGAGGAGCUCAUCUUCCGGUACUGCAGCGGCUCCUGCGAAGCCUCCGAGACGGUGUACGACACCAUCCUCAGGAACCUCUCCAGGAGGAGCAGGCUGGCGGGCGACAAGGUCGGGAGGGCCUGCUGCAGGCCCGUGGCUUUCGACGACGACCUGUCCUUCCUAGACGACAACCUGGUCUACCACACGCUCAGGAAGCAUUCCGCCAAGAGGUGUGGCUGUGUCUGAGCCGCCGCACACUGCAUUCCUGCCACGGGACAGG